AGCUCAUAUACGUAGAGCACUUUGCUUGUUGUUAACACAUACACAUUUAUACAAAGUUGGCAUCGUUUUUAGAUCUAUGAAUUCACCAUCAAGUUGAGAGCAAAAAACGGAUCCAGAUACAUACAUAUAUAAAUGGCGGUAGAAGCAGCGGUGUCAUUUGCGGUGGAGACGCUAGGUAAUUUUCUGAUCGAGAAGGCCGUUUUCCUGAAAGGCGUGGAGGGCGACGUAGAGUGGCUGAGAAACGAGCUGAAGAGGAUGCAGUGCUUCCAAAAAGAUGCGGCGAGGAAGCAAAGCAAGAGCGAGAGCAUCCGCAACUGGAUAUCCGAGAUCAGAGAGGUGGCUCACGAUGCCGCUGACACGAUAGAGAUGUUUGUUCUCAACGUCGAGAGCAGAGCUCAGCAGCAAGGGAGGUCCGACUGCUGCUUCCAAUAUCCCGACCGCGUGUACCAUCUCAACAGGGUCGGGAAGGAGAUCGAGUCCAUCCGGAAGAGGCUCAAGGACAUCGAAGACGGCCGGGUGAGGUACGGCAUCCAAGAUGAUGAUCAUGGGAGAGACUCCGGAACGAGUAUACAAGUGGAGUCGUGGCGGAGGUUGGCUUAUUGGCAGAAAGACACAGACGUGGUGGGGUUGGAGGAAGACGUGGAAGAGCUGGUGGAGAAGCUUCUUGGGAUAUCGAUAAUGGAGAAGAAGAAAAAUGUCGAGGUGGCGAGGAAACGUGAGGAGGAGAUUAACAGGAAGCGGGAGGAGAUGAUACGCCGGAGGAGUGAGGAGCGGAAACUCGAAGAGGAGGAGGAUAAGGAGAGGAAACGUGAGGAUGAGGAGGAGGAGAGGAAACUUGAGGAGGAGGAGGAGGAGAGGAAACGUGAGGAGGAGAGGGAAGUGGAGGAGGAGAAAAGAGUCGUGGCGGCGAGGAAAAAACGUAAGGAUGAGAUUAACAUGAAGCGGGAGGAUAGGUUACGCCGGAGGAAACUUGAGCGGGAGAGGAAAAGCGAAGAGGAGAGGAAAAGGGAGAAGGAGGAGGAGGAUGAGGAGAGGAAACGUGAGGAUGAGGAGGAGGAGAGGAAACUUGAGGAGGAGAUGGAGGAGAGGAAACGUGAGAAGGAGAGGAAAGUGGAGGAGGAGAAAAGAGUCGAGGCGGCGAGAAAAAAACGUAAGGAUGAGAUUAACAUGAAGCGGGAGGAUAGGUUACGCCGGAGGAAACUUGAGCAGGAGAGGAAACGCGAAGAGGAGAGGAAAAUGGAGGAGGAGGAUAGGAAACGUGAUGAGGAGCAGAGGAAACGUGAGGAGGAGAGGAAAGGCCAUUCCGUUGCAGCCAUAGAGGGCAUGGGCGGGAUCGGGAAAUCAACACUUGCCAGCAGAAUAUACAACCAUCCAGCCGUUGCUGAUCGAUUUGAGAGCCGUGCGUGGGUGGUUGUUUCGAGUGAGUUUAUGCUCGAAGAUAUAAUCCAGCAGAUAAUGCAUCAGCUGGACAUUUGGUUGUAUAUCCCGAAGCUUCACGAUGAACUAAGGCGCCAAGAUAUUCUACUAGAACAGCUUCACGAGGAACUCAAGGGUAAACUGUAUUUUGUAGUUUUGGACGACCUGUGGGACGUCCAACAUUUCGAAUCGCUUAGAAGAGCUUUUCCUCAAGAUAAAGCUAGCAGACUGAUACUUACAAGUCGCAAUAAAGGUAUGAGGUACAGUACCGACUAUGUGCAUGAGAUGAAACUCUUGGAUGACAAUCGAAGCUGGAAGUUGUUCUUGAGAAAAGCUUUCAUUGCUAAUAGCGGCGGAAAGUGUCCAGAAGAAUUGAAGGACAUAGGGGAAGAGAUCUUGACAAAGUGCCAAGGUUUGCCACUAGCAAUCAGCGUGGUGGGAGGCCUUCUACUCAGAAAGACACCAUGCAGGAGUGAAUGGCUCAAAGUUCGCGACGAAAUGCGGUCCCAAUUGGAUGGAAAUAGAGGUGACAGUGAGAGUGACAUUAAGACUAUAUCCGCAAUCUUGGAAUUGAGCUACAAGCAUCUGCUUCCAGAACUGAAGGUGUGCUUCCUGUGCCUGGGCUUCUUCAAGGAAGACGCCAUGAUCAAGGUGAAAAACUUGGUGCAUAUAUGGGUUGCACAAGGCUUGGUGCCGCAGCGAGAAGUGGGAGUAGGGGAAACGAUGGAGGAUGUGGCAAGGAUAUAUUUAGGCGAGUUGAUCAGUCGAAACAUGGUUCAGGUCAAGGAGAGCACACAUGAUCAAGUGAAAGCAUGCAAGAUGCACGAUCUUAUCCGCGACCUAUGCCUUAGAAAAGCAAAGGAGGAGAUAGAUUUCGAGGUCCUAAGUGAGGAGGGAAACUCUCGUCACUCCUCCUCGCGCCAUCGCGCUGUAUACAGCACUCGACUCAGCCUCCUAAACUCCACUCGCAACCAACAUGUUCGCUCUCUUUUCAUCCACGGAGAGACUGAAAGGAACAACGAUUGGCAGUCUUAUUGGAAGAGUUUUGAGCUGCUUAGGGUUCUUGACUUGGGAAAUAUAAGAUUCCAAAUAUGGCCCAAGGCGAUUGGUGGGCUUGUUGGAUUAAGGUAUCUAAAAAUGAUAUACGAUGGAAAAGACUCGAGUCUCCCGCGCUCAUGGGCUAAGCUUAAAAACCUUCAGGUCCUUCAUUUGGGGUGUGGUUUUGGGCUUUUUAUCACAGACAAAGUUAUACUAGAGAUGGAUAGCUUGCGCCAUCUUUAUGCAUAUAUAAGCAGCCACUCUAAGGUUCCUCUAGGGAAUCUGAGGAAUCUUCAGACACUGUGUUUUUUCGUGGUAGAGGAUUCGAAUCUCUGGCAGGUGAAAGCAAUGACUGGUGUUACCAAAUUGGGUAUUGAUAUGCGUGAAAUAUCGGAUGCAAGAAACAUCUUCAUGAAUUUGGCUGAGCUUGAGAAUCUUGUGAAUCUAACAUUAUUAUAUCAUGUGUCUAAAAAUUUGGAUGGGUUGGAUACUCUGCAACGUGUCACUCAACUCAAGUUAGUUACCAUGAGCUUGCCGAGAAACUUCCCUCCCAACCUUUCUCACUUGACCUUAAGCCGGAUGAGGCUGGGCAAAGACCCCAUGCCGGUGCUGGAGAAGUUGCCCAAGUUGUUGUAUCUCAAACUGUGCGACAACUAUAUAGGUGAAGAGAUGGUGGUCUCGCAUUGUGGGUUCCCCAGACUCAAAGUCAUGGUUCUCCAGGAUAAUGUGAGGGUGAAAAAUGUAAUGGUUGAAGAAGGUGCUAUGCCGGAGCUCAAGCAGUUGAUGAUCCGUAACUGCAAACGUUUGAUCAUUGACAAUCUGCCGGAACACCUCAAAUCCAAAAUCAUUGUUGCUGAUUAAUUGUGCUGUCACCUUCCAAUUGAAUACUCUGUUCUAUUAUUUAGUUUAUGUAAUGUGGUGUAAUAUAAUGUAAUGUAAAGUGUGUGUCUGUUGGCAUUGUGUAUAAUAUUGUGUGAAAUAAAUCUCAA